UCUCGGAAGGCAAACUAGGCUGGCGCCAACGGGCUGGGAAUUCGCGCUAGGCAGAGCGCCAGGUGCAAAGGGGCGGCGCCGGGCCCGUGAUUCCCCACCGGAGCGGCAGAGACUGCGGGGCAGCGCGGGCGCAUGGGCACUGCAGGGCUGUGGAUAACAGCAUGGAGUGUCCUCACUGCAGGCAUGUGUCCCGAGAGGAGUCACCCAGGUUCUGUAGCCAGUGUGGACAGAAACUGUCUCCUGCAGAUCCUGUACAAGAUUCUGAGAACAAUGAUGUCUCAUCCUUAGAGGGGAAGACUGAGCAGGGGGAAGAGUGGAAAGAGGAGUCCCCAGGCUCCAGCAAGGAGCUGGAGAACCCAGAGGAGUCUGGUGCCUCCUGGACCAUCCAAAUGAGUAAAAAGAAGAGGAAAAAGAGAAAACAGAGCACCACUUCCUCAGAGGCGGGUCCCUUGCCUUCCAUGUCUUCUGGCCUCUGGAGUCUGGAUGUGCCUUCAAGCCUUGGAUCCCAGGACUCAACCUUGGCCCAGAACCAAGUCCAGCAGGCUGGUGUGGAUAAUCAGCCUGGCCAGUCACAGCACAUGGUGAAUAUGCCAAUGGAGAAUGGCUGUGUGCAUGCCGCAGGCAGCAGCCUCCCUCCGCAGGGUCACAGUGGGACAGGCACAGACAGUGGCAUCGGAAGUGGGACUCAGAGAAACCCUGAUCCCAGUAACCACACAGAAGUUAAGGGCCUCAGCACUUCUAAAGCUUCAGUGGACAAGGACCUGCCUCCAAAGGGGAACUGUGGCCCAGCCCCUUCUGCCUGCAAAGGCCCUGCUAAGGUUACCGAUGCUGUCCAGAGUGCCCCAUUGCCUGAAUCUAAGGGGCAGAAGUCUGAACACAAGGAAGAAGGGCCUGUGGCUGCAGAGCUGGCUGCCUCAGAGCCAAUUGAUGCUACAGUUGAGGCAGCCAAUCCAGAGAAGGAUGGGAGAGAAAAAAGAGACAAUGGUCAGAAACAGAAACCAUCCCCUGUGAGUCCUGCUGCCGCCAAGCGCCAACACCAGGAAUCUAAACCUAAAGGCAAGGUGGCUGAGACUGGGAGGAACAGGGGUGAGAUUGGGAACACCCCGGCAGAAGACCAGAAGAAGCCAGAAGAGAACAGAAAUUACGCAGCUGCUUUGAAAAACCAAAAGGAGCAGAGAAACCAGAAGGCUGCUGCACCAGAGGCUGCAGUGAGAACACUUAGCCCAGAGGAUGGAGUCACCGUGUACUUCCACGCCAUUGUCUCCCAUGACUUCUCAUUCAACCCUGACAACCACAGAGUGUGUGUCAGAGGGGGAGAGGGGCUCGGGAAGGAACCCUGGACUGAUGCUUGCGAGAUGAACUACACCAAAGACCUUCGUGAGCUCGGGUCUCUCGUCGAGGGCAGCAUGGUCAUUCCCAGGCAGAGCCUGAACAAAGCCAUCCCUUAUAAGUAUGUCAUUCACCGUGGUGGCAAUAGCAAGGAUUCCGUAGACUACGAAUUUAUCUAUAAGAAGUCAAAGAAGAAAGGCGAGCAUGUGAACCGCAGUCUGUUGGUGGAUUCUGCCUGCUUGGGCACUGGAGGAGACUGGCAUCAGUAUGACGACAUAAUCUGCAUGAAACCUCCUGGGAUGAUCAAGAGAUUUUUUGAUUCUUUCACUGAUGGCUCAAGAAAGGAGCUGGUGAUAGGGAAAAAGAAUGCAGCUGCCAUCAUGCUGGACCGCAUCUUCAGUGUCCUCCAGCCCUGGAGUGCCAUCAACCUGCAGAGCUUCAUGACCCAGUUCCUGCAGUUUUACUCCGUGGUCCGAGUGCCUAUGAUCCAUGAAGGGCAGGCUAGGCUGCCAUGGUCCAGUCUGCAAUACGAAGAGAAAGAGGUGAAGGCGCACCUGUGGGAGCAUGUGAAAACCCUGAUGGCACCUUUCCUGGAAGGGAAGAGCGGGGACUCUCUGCCUGCCGACUGCCCUGUGAGGACUGGACUGAAGCUGGGCCUGACCGUCCUUUUCAUGGUGGAAGAAGUUGGCUUUGUUGUCCUUAAAAAUGACCUGGACACGCUGUGCUACCUCCUUACCCCGAGUGCUGGCUCGCCAGAAGCUCUUCACAGUGACCUGAGCCCCACCCUCAGCAAACCUCAAAAAUGGCGUGAAUACUUGGUAAACCUAUGCUGCAGGUGCAUAGCUGAGGGUGUGGACCCCUGGCUGGGCUUCUUACCCAUCCUGCACUACUGCAUGCAACUGUCCCCACCCAGGAGGGUCUCUAAGAGCCAGUCCGAGGACACCUGGGCAGGCCUUGAAGGAAUCUGCUUCGCACAGUUUCGGGAGAAAGCACCCACUAAGAGCGGGGAUGUCAAGCGGAUCUUUACAAUGCUGAUUCACCUUGUGGACAUUUAUGAGACCACGAUUCUUGGGGAGACCCUGUUACAGACCUACUUACCUGAGUGUCUGACCCUCCAUGAAACUGUCUGCAACACCAUAGCCUACGUAAAGUUCUAUGAGGUUCCUGCCCUGUCUGCCGAGCUUGUCUGUAAAAUGCUUCAACUCAAACCCGCAGGGGCUGCCACAGAGGGGCUGGUUGCUACAGAUAAUGAAGACUUGUUGACAAACAUCUUCCAGGGGGUCCUGAGCACCACAAGAAACUGUCUGCGCAGCAUGUUAAAAAAAAGCAUCUUCUAUAACAGUCCAGACACUCUCCACUUUACCUAUCCUGAGGAGAUGGCGCUGUGGCGACGGCUGGUGGAAAUCGACUUCCCCAGGAAGUAUGGCUGGAAGGGGUCGCUGCUGGGAGACUUGGAAGGGAGGCUCAAGCAGGAGCAGCCCCGUUUGCAGAUCUCCGUCUUCUGCAGCAGUCAGUGGCAGGAUCGUGGACUCCAUGACAGCGUGGCCAGGAGCUUUGAGAAGUGUGUCAUUGAAGCCGUGAGCUCUGCUUGCCAGUCUCAGACCUGUGUCCUUGAGGGGCUCUCCUGUCAAGAUCUGCAGAAAUUUGGUACUCUCUUGUCCGCUGUGAUAACCCAGUCCUGGCCUAAGCACAACGGGGAGGCUGUGUCGGACAUGGAUGGGAUCCUCAAAUACCUGCUCACGUGGCCAGAUGUGAGGCAACUCUUCAAACUAUGCCCAGAGCAGCAAGAAUUACAGAUGGGCUGGGGAGAUGGCCCACGGGUACAGGGCCUGCUGAGUGGGGAGAUGGUCCAGCGGGCACAGGGCCUGCUGAGUGGGGAGAUGGCCCAGCAGACACAGAGAAACCUGUCUCAAAAAGCGAGAAUGGGUGUGUGUGAUCAAAGAGAAAUUAUAUGCUACUAUCAUCGGAGGCUUAACAUCCAACCUUUCGUUCCUGUUUCCGUAGUGGAGUUUGGAUAUAUUGAGGCAAUACACUCUCAAGACCUCAGCAAUAAGAGACUCAAUGAAGCAUUGAUAAACCUACCUCACUUGUCUCCACACAAAAGGAAGACUCAUUACUCCCUGAGCCCUGAGAUCCGAGAAAUUGCAAGCAAGAUAGACUCCCUGAAAGACAGCCACAUCUUCCAAGUCUUCUGGCAAGAGACAGCAGAGGCACUUAGUUCUCUGUCUCAGGACCCCAGAAAUUUGAAAUUAUCGCUCUCAGAAGCCUGUGAACGCCUGUACCACCCCUGCUAUGAGAAAUUCUACAUACUCUAUGAGAACCUCAAGUCAGGAGAGAUCACCUUUGCUGAAGUUGACGACAUCUUCAGGGACUUUGUAGAUAAAUAUGGUGACCUGACUGUUGACCUAAACUUUAUGUGCACUGUGGAACCCCAAGAGCAAAAAGGUUGGAUCCCAGAGCGUGUUGCACAGAUCAAGGAAUACCAUAGCCUAAACCAGGCCGUCAGCUCUGCCAAGGUCAUCUUUCAGGUCCGAAGCACUUUGGGCAUGACCGGUGACUUCAGUGUUCUUGACACGUUGUUAAACUUCCAUGGUCACGUGCUGACCUCCCCUCUUUCCUCUCAAGACAUCAAUGAACUCAAGGUGUUUGUGAACCUGGCCUCCAUCUCAGCGGGGGAGAACGACAUCGACGUGGACCGGGUGGCCUGUUUCCAUGACGCUGUGCAGGGCUAUGCCUCCCUGCUGUACAAGAUGGACUUGAGCACAGAUUUCUAUGGGUUUGUGGAUCAUCUGCAGGAGCUCUGGAGGGCCCUGGACAAUGACCAGCACCUGCCCAGUAAGCUGUGUGAAAGCGAUGCCGCCAGACACUGCCUGAGGGAGGUGGUGGAAAAGCUGCCUCAGCAGCUACUUUCUGAGUCCAGCUUAAUGGGCAAGCUUCGGGUUAUCAUGGAGCAAUCCACAGAGUGCAUGAGUGCCUUCCUGCCCAACUGUCUGGACCUGGAUGCCCUGGGUAGAUGCCUGGCUCAGCUGGCCACACUGCGUGACUGUCCUGUGGAACGGCCACUCCCCGAAGGCCUGCAGGUUGGCCAGCCUAACCUGGUGUUGUGUGGCCACUCUGAGGUGUUGCUGGCCGCACUGGCCAUCUAUAUGCAGGCCCCCAGGCAGCCUCUGCCCACCUUUGAUGAGGUGUUGGUCUGCACCCCGGGGACCACAGUCGAGGAGGUGGAGCUAUUCCUGCGACGCUGCCUCACGCUGGGCUCCCAGGAGCACAAGCUCUACAGCUUGCUGUUCGCGGACCAGCUGAGCUAUGAAGUGGGCUGCCGGGCCGAGGAGCUCUUCCAGAGCCUGCGCGCACAGCGCCACCGUGAAGACUACCAGUUGGUGAUGAUCUGUGAUGCUGCCCGGGAGCACUGCUACCUCCCCUCCACCUUCAGCCAGCACAAAGUCCCCCUGGUGCCCCAGGCCCCACUGCCGGACAUCCAGGCCUACCUGGAAAACCAUUAUCAGGUCCCGAAGCAGACCCUGUCGGCAGCGGCUGUAUUCAGAGACCGGAUGUGUGUUGGGAUCGUGACCUCUGAAAGAGCUGGUGUUGGAAAGUCACUCUACGUGAACAGAUUGCACAAAACCCUGAAAAUAAAACUAAAGGACGACAAGGCGCCCCUGAAAACUAUUCGCUUGACGGACCCGCACGUAGACGAGAGCCGGGUCCUGAGCUCCCUCCUUCCGUUCCUGGAGAAGGACUCUCAGAAGACGCCUAUGAUAGUCCAUAUUGAUGUCAGCACUUCAGUCCAGACUGGGAUUCCUGUCUUUCUUUUCAAACUCCUCAUUCUGCAGUACCUAAUGGAUACGAGCGGGAAAAUGUGGCUUCGGAACCCGUGCCAUUUAUAUGUGGUUGAAAUCUCACAAGAGCCCUCAGCACAGCCAAAGAGAUCUUCCAAACUGAAUGCACGUGCAGCUCUGUCCAGGUUUCUUGACAUCUUCCCCAAAGUUACCUGCCGUCCUCCCAAGGAAGUGAUUACCAUGGAACUGACUCCCAACAAGAGCCACAGGGAACCAGGAAUGGACCCAGGGGAGUUCAGCAGUGAAGCUUUCCAAAGACCUUACCAGUAUUUAAAACGGUUCCAUCAAAACCAGAACCUGGACACAUUUCAGUUCGACGAAGGCUCCGUGGAAGGCUCCCCUGAGGAGUGCCUGCAGCACUUCCUGAUUUACUGUGGCGUGGUCAACCCUUCCUGGGCAGAGCUUCGAAACUUCGCUUGGUUUCUGAACUGUCAGCUCAAGGACUGUGAGGCUUCUGUCUUCUGCAACCCGGAUUUUACUGGAGACACACUCAGGGGCUUCAAGAACUUCGUGGUAACCUUCAUGAUCUUAAUGGCGAGAGAUUUUGCCACUCCAACUCUCCACACUUCAGACCAAAGCCCCGGUAACCACAUGGUCACCAUGGAUGGAGUUGCUGAAGAAGACCUAGCUCCCUUCUCUCUUCGAAAGAGAUGGGAGUCAGAGCCCCAUCCCUAUGUUUUCUUCAAUGGUGACCGCAUGACCAUGACAUUCAUAGGUUUUCACUUGCAGCCCAACAACAAUGGCUAUGUUGAUGCCAUCAAUCCCUCAAAUGGGAAGGUCAUCAAGAAGAAUGUCAUGACAGAAGAACUAUUUGAUGGGCUGAAGCUUCAGAGAGUGCCCUUCAAUAUCAACUUUGACAACCUGCCCAGACAUGAGAAGCUUGAAAGACUCUGCCUGGCCCUGGGGAUUGAGUGGCCCAUUGACCCUGAUGAAACGUACGAACUCACAACAGACAAUAUGCUUAAGAUCCUGGCCAUUGAGAUGCGGUUUCGGUGUGGGAUCCCAGUUAUCAUCAUGGGAGAGACAGGCUGUGGGAAAACAAGGCUCAUCAAAUUCCUUAGUAACCUCAAGCGUGGUACUGUUGAAGCAGAAACUCUGAAGUUGGUGAAGGUCCAUGGAGGGACAACUCCAUCCAUGAUCUACUCCAAGGUCAAGGAUGCUGAGCGCAUAGCCUUCUUCAAUAAAGUCCAACACGAGCUGGACACCAUCUUGUUCUUUGACGAAGCCAACACAACGGAAGCUGUGAGCUGUAUCAAAGAGGUCCUGUGUGACAGAGCAGUGGACGGUGAGUGCCUAAAGGCGGACUCUGGCCUGCAUGUCAUUGCUGCUUGCAACCCUUACCGGAAGCACUCCCAGGAGAUGAUCCUCCGCCUGGAGUCAGCAGGUUUGGGAUACAGGGUGAGUGCAGAGGAGACUGCAGAGAGACUGGGCUCCGUCCCGCUGCGGCAGCUGGUCUACCGCGUCCACGCUCUGCCUCCAAGCCUCAUUCCUCUGGUAUGGGACUUUGGACAGCUGAAUGACUAUGCUGAAAAUCUCUACAUCCGGCAGAUCGUGCAGAGAGUGGACUUUAUCAAGGAAGACCACACUUCUGUGAUUGUGGAUGUACUCUCCGCUUCUCAGAGGUUCAUGAGGAAGAGGGAGAAUGAAUGUGGUUUCGUCAGCCUCCGGGAUGUGGAGCGUUGUGUCAAAGUUUUCAGAUGGUUUCAUGACCACAGUGAGAUGCUCUUAAACCAGCUCCAUGACUUUCUCCACGAAGCCAGUGACAGCAAACACACCUUUGAGAGAGAUCCUGUUCUCUGGUCCCUGGUAAUGGCCAUUGGGGUGUGUUACCAUGCCUCUUUAGAAGAGAAAGCAUCCUACCGCAGAGCCAUUGGCAGGUGCUUUCCGGAACCAUACGAUGACAGCAAGGUCAUUCUUGAUGAGAUCACUCUUGUACAAGAUCUUUUUCUGAAGGGGGCACCCAUUAGGACAAACAUAGCCAGGAACUUGGCUUUGAAGGAGAAUGUCUUCAUGAUGGUAAUCUGCAUAGAGCUUAAGAUCCCCCUCUUCCUGGUGGGGAAGCCCGGCAGCUCCAAAUCCCUUGCCAAGAUCAUUGUAGCGGACGCCAUGCAAGGGCAGUCUGCCUUCUCCGAUCUCUUCCGCCGCCUGAAACAGGUCCACCUGGUGUCAUUCCAGUGCAGCCCCCACUCCACCCCGCAAGGGGUCAUCGGCACCUUCAGACAGUGUGCUCGCUUCCAGCAGGGCAAGGACCUACAGCAGUAUGUCUCUGUGGUGGUGCUGGAUGAGGUCGGACUGGCAGAAGACUCACCCAGAAUGCCUCUGAAGACGCUGCACCCCCUGCUGGAAGAUGGGUGCAUUGACGAUGAUCCUGCCCCCUACAAAAAAGUGGGCUUUGUUGGCAUUUCCAACUGGGCUCUGGAUCCUGCCAAGAUGAACCGGGGCAUUUUUGUGUCAAGAGGCAGUCCCAGUGAGAAAGAGCUCAUCGAGAGCGCUGAGGGCAUCUGCUCUUCGGACAGGCUGGUUCAGGACAGAAUCCGAGGGUAUUUCGCACCCUUUGCCAAGGCCUAUGAAACAGUGUGUCGGACCCAGGACAAGGAAUUCUUUGGGCUUCGUGACUAUUACAGCCUCAUCAAGAUGGUCUUCGCCAAAGCCAAAGCUUCCACUCAGGGGCUUUCCCCACAAGACAUAGCUCAUGCUGUCCUCCGGAACUUCAGUGGGAAGGACAACAUCCAGGCACUGGACAUCUUUACAGCCAGUCUUCCCGGGGCCAGGUACAAGGAAGACGUCAGCACUGUGGAACUGAUCAAGCAGAACAUUCACAGCGGUCUGCAGGCGUCCAGCAGGGGGCAGGACGGGGCCGAGUCCCGUUACUUGCUGGUGCUGACCAGGAACUAUGUGGCCCUGCAGAUCCUGCAGCAGACGCUCUUUGGUGAGGGCCAGCAACCGGAGAUCAUCUUUGGCUCCAGCUUUCCCCAGGACCAGGAAUACACCCAGAUCUGCAGGAACAUCAACCGGGUGAAGAUCUGCAUGGAGACGGGAAAGAUGGUGGUGCUGCUGAACCUGCAGAACCUGUACGAGAGCCUGUAUGAUGCUCUCAACCAGUACUAUGUCUACCUUGGGGGCCAGAAGUACGUGGACCUUGGCCUGGGUACGCAUCGAGUCAAAUGUCGAGUCCACACUGACUUCCGCCUCAUCGUCAUUGAGGAGAAAGCUGUGGUGUACCAACAGUUCCCUGUGCCCCUUAUCAACCGGCUGGAGAAGCACUACCUGGACAUCAACACCGUGCUGGAGGGGUGGCAGAAGGGCAUUGUGCGUGAGCUGCAACAGUGGGCCUGUGAUUUUGCAGAUGUGAAAGCAGACCAGCUCAUUGCCAGGCACAAGUACAGUCCUGCAGACGCGUUCAUCGGCUACCACUCUGAUGCCUGCGCCUCCGUGGUGCUGCAGGCCAUGGAGAGGCAGGACCCCAGGGACGUGACUGAGGAGCUGUACCGCAAGGUGUCUGAAGAGGCCAAGCUCAUCCUGCUGGAUUGUGCGACACCAGAUGCUGUGGUCCGGCUGCGUGGUUCCACACUGGGCUCAUUCACUGCGGAGCGGCUGUCGCGGGACUAUUACUCCAAGCAACAACACAACUCCUUCGCAGACUUCCUCCAGGCCCACCUGCGCAUGGCCCAUCUGGAGGGCCAGGCUGUCUUCACAGAGAUCACCACCUUCUCCAGACUGCUGACCAGUACGGACUGUCAAGACUUGGAGUCUGAGCUGAGAGGACUGGGCUCCAGGCCUGCGGUCCUGUCACUGCAGCAGUUCGACACUGAAUACUCCUUCCUUAAGGAAGUCCGCUCUUGCUUAAUGAACCCAGCCAGGCGUAAAAUCCUUGUCAUCCAGACGGACUUUGACGAUGGUGACCACGGCGCCCAGCUUGUAGCCUCUGCCAAGUAUUCCACCAUCAAUGAAAUCAACAAAACUCAAGGAACGAAGGACUUUGUCUUCAUUUAUUUCAUCACGAAACUUUCCCGAGUGGGAAGUAGUACAUCGUACGUGGGGUUCCAUGGAGGGCUGUGGCGGUCUGUACACAUCGACGACCUCCGCAGAUCCACAAUCAUGGCCUCAGAUGUCACGAAACUGCAGAAUGUCACCAUCAGCCAGCUGUUCAAGCCAGCGGACAACCCUGAGCAUGGCCCAGAGGAGGCGAUGGAGACAGAGACCAGCGAGUCAGGGGAAAUGGCAGAGGAAACAAUGGAAGUGGAAGGUCCAGAGGAGCCGGAGAUGGUAUCUGACCCGGGAGGCUAUGAUGUCCUGGACACCACCAGACUGCUGCGGAGCUGUGUGCAGAGUGCAGUGGGGAUGCUCAGGGACCAGAAUGAGAGCUGCGCACGCAGCACGAGGAGAGUCACCAUUCUUCUUGGCCUCUUAAAUGAAGACAACGCACGCAGUGCCUCCUUUUUGCGGGAAUCUAAGAUGCGCCUCCAUGUUCUUCUAAAGAAGCAAGAAGAGAACCAGACUCCAAGUCAAAAGCAGUGGAUCUCCAGGGAGGCUGCCAAUCAGGAUGCCCUCCAGGAGGCAGGCACCUUCAGGCAUACCCUUUGGAAGCGGAUUCAAAAUGUGGUCACCCCCUUCCUGGCCAGCAUGAUAUCUUACAUGGACAGAGAUGGCAACCUGGAGCUAUUGGCUCAGUCAGAUUCUCCAGCCUGGGCCCAAGAUCUUUGGAUGUUUAUUUUCAGAGACAUUAAGUUCCUGAACAUCCCUCUUGUGGUAAACAACACAGGGUCCUCCAUCCUGGUACAGAGCCACAUGAACCUGCCCAAGGACGCCUGCAAUGCUGUGCCUUUCAGCUGGAGGAUCAGGGACUAUCUGGAGGAGCUCUGGAUGCAGGCUCAGUAUAUCACAGACACAGAGGUAGGGUUAUCUAAGAAGUUCGUGGAAAUCUUCCAGAAGACUCCCUUGGGCAGGUUUCUGGCUCAGCUCCCUGUGGCACAGCAGCAGGAUCUCCUGCAGAGCUACUCGAAGGACUUCCUGCUUUUGACCAUGAAAGUGUCUUCAAGGGAGGAGUUAAAGGUAGGUAUGGAUGAUAUGGACAGUUGCCAGAUUAGGACACCCUUAGAGCUAUGGGACACUCAGGGUCAAACCCCCAGCCUCCACUCUGUGUCUUCUAGAGGCAACCUUGUAUCACUUGAAGGAGUUCUAAGAUCUCUCCAUAGCUGCCCUUAUAGUGGCAAACAUCUAUAA